AUGUUGGAAUUGCAGGAUACCUACAUGAAAAUGAAGUGCACGCAUCUCAUCAUACAAUCCUUUCGUGCCUCUAGAAGAGCUUGCUCGUUCAAAGCGCAUCAUAUUGCCACCGUACCUGAGUAUCUACAUCGUCAUCUCUUCCGAAGCGACGUUCCUUCUACAUCUGCUCAAGCUUCGUUCGAAAUUGAACUACCUACUUUGAAAUCAGCUUCAUUACAACAACAUUUCAGGAUAACUGCAGAAGAGCUAACACAGAAGUACAAGCAGUUGUUGGAAGAAGCAGCAUUAUUUCCGUUACACUUUCCGAAACCAUGCCAGUGGAGAUGUGAAACGGGUUGGACAAGAUAUGCACAUAACGGGUCAAUUGAACAGGUGGAAUAUCCCUAUGAAGACGUGUUCUUUUUCGACGUAGAGACUUGUGUUCAAGAUGGGCAGCUGCCUACAUUGGCUGUAGCUCUUUCUGAUCAAGCUUGGUACUGCUGGUGCAGCAGUCGCCUCGUUCACAACUCUCCUGUGCCGACUGUGACUUAUCUUGAGCACCUCAUCUCACUUGGAGGAUCUGAGGAGGCCCGAGUUGUUAUAGGUCAUAACGUCGGUUACGACAGAGCGAGAGCAAAAGAACCUUACGAGCAGAAGAAAAGUGCUGUUCGCUUCAUGGACACAAUGUCGAUGUCAAUUCCCAUGUUCGGUAUGGCUGAUCACCAAGUUUCUACUUACGAGACCGACGAUUCUGAUUUUAAGUUAAGGGAGAAGCGUUAUGAGCGAUGGCGAGAUGCUUGGGAUGACCGCGUUUGUCGUAAUUCCUUGCUGGCAGUUCACCAACAUCUCUAUCGUAAUGAGGACAGGUUAACGAAGGAAUCGAAGAGGUUCCAGGACUUUUUUGUGAGAGAGGAUAUCAACACGAUAAGACAAAAUUUCCAGGUGUUGGUAAACUACUGCGCGGACGACAACUUAAUAUGUGCCCAGAUUUUCAAAAAGUUGUGGCCUGAAUUCCAAAAAAGAUUUCCCCAUCCAGCAACGCUUUUUGGUAUGCUGAACAUAGGAAAUGCUUAUCUCCCCAUUAACGAAAACUGGGACCUUUUCUUCAAGAAAAACGAAAAAGCGUGCGACGAAACGAAGCAGGCGGGUGCUCGUGCAUUGGUUGCAGCUGCUUCUGACGUGUUAAAUAGUCUUAAACCAAACAUUGAUGGAACCAUAAUAGAUGCUUGGCUCUUUGAUGUCGAUUGGUCACGCAAGGGUGAUAAUGAAUUUCCAGAAUGGUUCUUCAAACUUUUCUCCAAGCGUGGAAAUGUAUAUCUCGAUUUGGCCUCAUUGUCUAGUGAAGAUGUCGUCAUGAAAAGCGCUUUUGUACCACUCAUAUUUGGGAUGACGUAUGGUCCCUAUCCAUUGCAUAGAUCAGCUCCACUCGGCUGGGGAUAUUUAGUGCCCAAUUCUUCCAAACUUUCGGGUACCACUGGGAACUGCUCUAUCGAGAAAAACUCGCGAGAGUAUGAGCAUGUUUGUGAGGUCGUAGAAAAGAACAGGGCGAAGUUCGGCGAUAUUGAGCCUACCGGGAGAUCUCAUAACUUUGGCCCCUUUCUCUUCCAUCAGCUUUCACAUCCGCUGGGCGCACAAAACGUGGGUGAUCCGUUAGGAAAACAUUUCCUGCGUUAUAUCGACUCGAAAGUUUUGCGUCCAACAAGACAUGUUGAAGAAUUCUUUGUUCUACUCGAAGCCCUCAAGAGCACAAAAUUUUGGACAAAUUACGCAAAACGUUUCGAAUCCGAAAUCCCGGUCUGGUAUAACUCCAAAGCUGCCCCACGGCUAGGAGCCAUAGCUCCGGCCAUAGUAUCUGCGGGCACAGUUUCACGAAGAAGCGUCCACAAACUUUGGGUUACACUCACCAAUGAGUCUGGUACCAACAGAAUUGGUACUGGAAUCAAGAGUCUAGUACAAGCACCAGAAGGAAGUGUGCUUGUCGGCGCUGAUGUCGAUUCGCAAGAGCAGUGGUUGGCCGGCUUGUUUGGAGAUGCGAGCCACGCUUCGGCACUCCCCUCGUCUUCUCGGCAUCCAGGAUUGACUCCAUUCAGCAACAUGAUGUUAGCGGGUUCUAAAGCGAAUGGAACUGAUUUACAUACAGUUGUGGCGAAUCAGCUGCAUAUUGACAGAGGACAGGCUAAGGCGUUGAAUUACGCUAGGAUGUAUGGCGCUGGGGAGGCGCAUGCCAGCAAAACCCUUGCUCAAGCAGGAAUGGAUAGCAAGAAAGCUGCUAAAACUGCUAGAGAUUUGUUUAAGAUGACUAAGGGUACUGAAAGCAGCUGGAAGAUGCUGCGUCGUGAGGUACAACCCCUCCUGGAGGCUUUCGUUGCUAAUCGAGGAAAAUCUGUUGAUUAUCUUACAGUCGAUGGCAUUUUUUAUGUUCCUCAGUACGACAACGAGCUAAGGUCGUUUACCACUGAGUUCGAAGAAUGGGUAAUUUCAAAGGUACUGGAGAAAAAUCCGGGUUUAUCUGAGGACGCGAUUGUUACAUCUCUGUAUGAUAGCUACGCUACUGGCGUUCGUCUUUUCAAUGGUGGAUACGAAUCAGCCACAUUCAAUUUUUUGGAAAUGCAAACACAUCGCGAUGUUCUGCGAACUCCAGUACUAGAUUGCCGUUUAUCCGAUUCGCUGUCUGCUCUUCCAGAAGGUACCCCGGAUAGGGAUCAAUUUGCUGCCAAGUACAAACGUUCAGUAAUGAACUGGCUUGUGCAAUCGUCAGCCGUCGACUUCUUACACCUGCUCUUGGUCUCCAUGGAAUGGCUUUGUUCUGAGUAUGAGAUCCCUGCUCGAUUCGUCAUCUCCAUACAUGAUGAGGUGCAUUAUCUAUGCCCUGAAGAAGAUGCUCCAAGGUUGGCGCUGGCUCUUAUGCUUAGCAACACGUACGUUCGCUCGUUUAUUUCCUCUAAACUGGGGAUCGAACAGCUACCCUUGUCGGUGGCGUUUUUUUCACAAGUGGAUUGUGAUAAAGUGUUGCGUAAAGAGGUCGACAUACCUUGUUUCAACCCGGAUGGAACUCCAAUACCCAAUGGCGUUUCGUGGACAAUUGACGAUUUAGUGCGGAUAACUGAGGGAAAACUACACCGUCCAACCAAGCGAAGAAAAACCUUCUUAUGA